AUGCUCGAGAUAUUCGGAUCGAGUAAUUAUUCCGAUGAAUCCCCGCCUUACGCAAGUACAUCCAACGAUAGGACGCGUGGAUAUGGUGGUGAUGCACCUAUGCAUCACCACGAGCGAAGUAACUCAAAGGAUCGGGAUAACACUGGUGCCAGUGCUCAUGCUGACACCAAUCAAGAGUCCAGGGACAGCAAUGUCCUGCGCCACGCUCCUCAAGUGGAGUCUCGUUGGCUGCCGUCAGCCAGAGAGCUGGAUCGAGUGGCCGGCAUGACCACCGACCCGGUAUCGAAUCCCGUUAUUCGAUUGCAGGAAGAUUUGCCCACCUAA